CAUUUGUUGUCAACUCAUUUGAAGUAUAAAUUCAUUCAUUCAUUGAUUUGUUAUAAGAAUCAGUAAAUCAUUGAUUAAUUGAGCGAUAAUUGAAUAGUAAGACAACAAUCAAAGAGAUGGCCAAAAGACAAACGCCGAGUGACUUCUUGAAGCAAAUCAUUGGCCGACCGGUUGUCGUGAAACUCAAUUCUGGCGUCGAUUACAGAGGAGUGUUGGCGUGUUUGGACGGCUAUAUGAACAUAGCGUUGGAACAGACGGAAGAGUACGUCAACGGACAGCUCAAGAAUAAAUACGGCGACGCUUUCAUCCGCGGCAACAAUGGUUUGUCUUAA